GUCAAAUUCGUGUCACUCUCUAUUGUCAAAUUCUUGUCACUCUACAUUGUCAAAUUUGUGUCACUCUCUUUUGUCAAAUAUGUGUCACUCUGUAUUGUCCAAUUUGUGUCACUCUAUAUUGCCCAAAAUUUGUCACUCUAUAUGUUAAAUAUGUGUAGUGAAUUUUUAAUCAAAAUCAAAUGAAAACGCCCUGCAUAAUUAUUAUGUUGAAAAUUUUGAAAUUUAAGUAGACUCUUAAUUGAAAUCAGUAGGUCUUCACUAGUUAAUGAAUCAGUGGGUCUUCACUAGUUAAUGAAUCAGUAGGUCUUCACUAGUUAAUGAAUCAGUAGGUCUUCACUAGUUAAUUAAUCAAUAGGUCUUCACUAAUUAGUCUGAUUCAUUUAUCCUUAAAAAUAAAAAAAAAUAAAAUGUAUUUAAAGUUUUGUUCUCAACAUUGUGUUCAUUUAUUACAGGACAUCCACAUUCCUUGUUCAUGUAGAAGUAUGUUAGAGUUUGUAUCUGACAAGAAGAAUGGGUGUACUGUAGACACUUGCAUCUUACUGCUACUUAAGGUUGUUGAAAUGGUGCAACACUUCCAUGAACUGUCAUUUGUGUUAGGUGACAUCAGAGCCUCAUUAAUCUACGUAGAGAACAAAGAUGGAGAUUUCAAGGUUAUUAUCAUUUAAAAUAUAUUAACUGAUGAAACUAUGGGUAUCAUUUUGGAAAAAGAAUAAUGGCAUCCAUUAAAAUUUCAGGUUUUAGUAAAUUGUUAAUGCAUACUUUGUACUUUCAUCUACAUGUAAUUAAACCGAAUUGCAAAAUUUUACUUGAUUAUACAUUACAAACAUACUUCGUGUUCAAAUACAGAUUAAAUAUUCCAAACAUAAUCAAUGUUCCGAUACAGAUUAUAUAUUCAAACAUACUCCACAUUCCAAUACAGAUUAUAUGUUCCAAAAAUACUCCAUGUUUCUAUACAGACAAUAUAUUCAAAACAUACUCCAUGUUUCUAUACAGAUUAUAUAUUCCAAACAUACUACAUGUUUCUAUACAGAUUAUAUAUUCCAAACAUACUCCACAUUCCAAUACAUUAUAUAUUCAAACAUACUCCACAUUCCAAUACAGAUUAUAUGUUCCAAAAAUACUCCAUGUUUCUAUACAGACAAUAUAUUCAAAACAUACUCCAUGUUUCUAUACAGAUUAUAAAUUCCAAACGUACUCCACCUUCCUAUACAGAGUAUAUAUUCCAAACAAUCUCCACAUUCCAAUACAGAUUAUAUAUUCCAAACAUACUCCACAUUCCAAUACAGAUUAUAUAUUCCAAACAUACUCCACAUUCCAAUACCGAUUAUAUAUUCUAAACAUACUCCAUAUUCCAAUACAUAUUAUAUAUUCCAAAAAUGCUCCACAUUCCAAUGCAGAUUGUGUAUUCGAAACAUACUCCACAUUCCAAUACAGAUUAUAUAUUCCAAACAUACUCCACAUUCCAAUACAGAUUAUAUUUUCCAAACAUACUCGACAUUCCAAUAUAGAUUAUAUAUUCCAAACCAUAUGUUUCUAUACAGAUUAUAUGUUCCAAACGUACUCCACAUUCCAAUACAGAUUAUAUAUUCCAAAAAUACUACACAUUCCAAUACAAAUUAUAUAUUCCAAACAAUCUCCACCUUCCAAUACAGAUUAUAUAUUCCAAACAUACUCCACAUUCCAAUACAUAUUAUAUAUUCCAAACAUACUCCAUAUUCCAAUACAGAUUAUAUAAUCCAAACAUACUCCAUAUUCCUAUACUGAUUAUUACAUUCAAAACAUACUCCAUGUUUCUAUACAGAUAAUAUAUUCCAAACACACUCCGUGUUCCGAAAUUGAUUUUGCAGAUUAUAUAUUCCAAAAAUACUCAGAGUUCCCAUACCAAUUUUGCACUUGAUGACCUGUUUGUGCUAGUGCCAUUAGUCAUAGUUUGUUUAAAAAAUGGAUUGCCAAGAUUUAAAAUCACGACCAUAAUAUACCAUAACAAAAAUUCAAAUGUAACUUCAAAUUAAUCAUCUAAAACAAUAUAUGCAUUGUUUGUGUAAAUAAAUAUUCUUUGGAGGUUUAUCUUUGAGACAAUUUUUUUACAAAUAUUUGUUAUUUAUUAAUACCGAAAAUCUCAGACAAAUUAAAGCAUACAAAAUUGUAACCAUUAACAUUAUAUUUCCUGCUUAGCUCUAUCCUGUCUCGCUACAAUAUCUCUGUGACAAGACUGGUCAAAAUUUUACAAGUAACCAACUGAAACCACCGUACCAAUGUGUCACCUUCAUAAGGUAGGCCCAAUUGUUCUAUUUACCAUCUUACCAAAGUCGUGUCACCUUCAUAAGGUAGGCCCGAUUGUUCCAUUUACCAUCUUACCAAAGUGUCACCUCCACAAGGUAGGCCCGAUUGCUCCAUUUUGGGCUGUUAUUAUUGAACGAGAUUAUCCAGGCUUUCAUAGUUUUAAAUAAUUCAAAGAAAAGAUUUUGAGAGAAUAGGAUGUAAAACUGUUAGCAUCUUGACUGCUCUAGAAUGAGUCCAUUGUCGUAUUUCUGGGAUUUCCAUCUGCAUCUAAGGCAUAUCCAACAAUAUAAAUUGUUUUAUUAAUUUUGUCAAUUGAAUGAUUAAUGUUGUCAGUUGAUUGAUUAAUGUUGUCAAUUAUUUUUUAAUGUUGUCGAUUGAUUAAUGUUGUAAAAGGAUUGAUUAAUGAUGUCAAUCGUUUUAUUUUUUACAUGUUAUAUAUUUUAAAUGAUUAGACCAAACCUAGAUGUGUGGUAUAAUUAUAUUGCCCAUGGUUCAUCUAUGGGCAGCAAUUUUUGCCCUGGUUGGUCUCCAGACAUGUUAAUGCCACAGAUUUCGAAUGUGGACGUGGGGGGGGGCGGCGUUAGAUAGAUAAGUGAAGUUGAAAGCUCUAAUAUUUUGUGAGUUUUUAAUGACCUCAAAUUUUUCAGAGCUGCUCCAGAGUUUAAAGAAAAUGGCGUUUGCAAUGCUAGUACGGAUAUCUUCAACAUUGGAGCUUUAAUGAUGGAUGUAUUUGCGGCGCUUAGCUCUGGUAUUGAAUUUCAAAAUGAAGAUUGUCUGAAUUAUAUCCCCCUUGCUGACAUUAUGGUGAGAAUACCCACUUGAUUUCCUGUCCUUGUUUCUAGAGGUCAAAAAUGUUGACCUUUCAAAUUCUAUGACAUAGCUGUAAUGUAUGACUCAUUUAUUGAAUUAUUAUUGUGGGGAUUGUGGAAUCAUUAUAAUUAAGUUGACUAUUUUUAGCGCAAUUAGAACAUUUCAAUUAGGAAAUCUUAAUAACGUGGUAAAAUUGAAGGAAAAACUAAAUGCCUGACUAGUUAUCCAACCUUUAAAUUUGCAAUAUUAACAAAAUGCUCUGACUAACAUUAAACUUAACACAAUGCUCUGACUAACCCUAACCUUAACAAAAUGGUCUGACUAAUCCUCAACCUAACGCAGUGCUAUGACUAACCAGGUUAAAAAUAUUCUGUGUAAAUUCAGAAUAACGCAAUCUCACACAGCAUCUAUAGCAGGGGUGGGCAAACUGUCUGUGCGUCGGGCCACAUUGACAAAUAAAAAGCUAUUGGAGGGCCGCAUAUAUAUUUUGCCAUAUUAGCAUUACAUUAAGAAGGUCAAGGACUGUUUACAAAAAUAGAAUGGAAAGAGAAUUGAUUAAAACCUGUUAAAACAAUCAUGUGAUUCUGUAAAAUUCAACAAGAUAACUUAAAAACGAAGUGAUUUUUUUUAUUUCUAAAUGCAAAAUUGGAACGUAAAAAUCGAAAAGAAGAUUCGACCAAAUUUCCGUUCAAUCAUAUUACCGUCUUAACCUUAGAUGUAUCAAAGAGGCUGAUUCUGCAUUUGUGUUAUCACGCAAUGCUCUCAUGGUGGGUCUCCCAGUUACGCUCCUGGAUAAAAUUCAAAUAGCACAGAAUAAUGCGGCUCGCAUUGUUCUUCGCAAACGCAAAUUCGACCAUGCUAAAACACUUCUGAGGGAGCUGCACUGGCUGCCGGUCCACGCUCGCAUAGAGUAAAAAAUUGCAACUUUGUGCUACCGCUGCUUACAUGACCUGGCGCCAUCUUAUCUCAAAGCACUCAUGACGCCUUAUGUACCCACUAGAGAGCUCCGCUCAUCCGAUAGUGGCAAAAAAUUGAUACCAUGUGUUUGCCUUGAGAUUUACGGAAAGUGCACUGUUGCAUUUGCCGGCCCAACAAUUUGGAACGCACUUCCAGUCGCUCUCAAAAACAGCCAGACACUGGAGUCCUUUAAAACCGAUUUAAAAACACAUCUAUUUAGCAAACACCUUCUGGGGUGAUGCUAUCUACCAUCUUCUUCAGUUAAUGUAUAUGGGCUUGUGUUGCUUAUGGUUGAAACGGGAUGAAAGACUUUGACUGGCUAUGCUCGUAUGUAGCUUUAAAAUGUUUUUAAAUGUGGUAAAUUUUAGAUUGUGUUUAUUUCUCUUUUUAAUAUGGUUCACUUUGUACCGCGUUUCGAGCUUUUGGGGAUGAAACGUGUUUUUCAAAUAAACUUUAUUAUUAUUAUUAUUAUUAUUAUUAUUAUUAUUAUUAUUAUCAUGAGUUAACACCAGCAUAUUUGAGGCGUAAACUCAGCCUAAAUGAGGGGUAAAAUAAAUAUAAUUGAGGGGUAAAAUAAGUACAAUUGAGGGGUAAAUCAGCACAAUUGAGGGGUGAAAUUUGCAUAAUUGAGGGGUAAAAUAAGUAUUAUUGAUGGGUAAAAUAAGUAUAAUUGAGGGUAAACUCAGCAAAAAGGAGGGGUAAACUCAGCAUAAGUGAUGUGUAAAAUAAAUAUAAUUAAGGGGUAAAAUUAGAUACCAAUAAAAGUUAUUUCUUUAUCGGGGCACAGAUUCCAGUGUGAGAGGAAAUAUUCUCCUAUAAUCUAUACUUAAGGAAAUGCUCUCUAUAAUCUAUACUUGAGGAAAUCUUCUCUAUAAUCUAUACUUGAGGAAAUGAUCUCUAUAAUCUAUACUUGAGGAAAUGUUCUAUAUAAUCUAAAGAGAGAACAAGAGCACAGACCAGAGUUUUUGUAGCGAUAACUGUGAGGUAGUGGCGGAUGGAACUGAUCUGAUGGAUAGCGGUGUAUGCCGAACGACAAAUGUGAGAGAUAUGUUUAUCGAGAGACAUGUUGUUAGACAGAAUAUAACCAAGAUUCCUAGUAGAGGGUGUAAACAGUAUGUCGGAGUUACCUACUUGAAAUGAGGUGGGAAGAGUUGAGGUAGAGGAUAAUGUGUGAUUGUGAAUGAGGAGUGCUUCCGUUUUGUCAUCAUUGAGCUUCAACUUGCUGAGUGUCAUCCAUGACUUGACAUCAUCAAUGCACCCCCGCAAAGUCUGGACAGCGGAAUCGACAAGAGAGGGAUGGGUAUGCUUGUAUAGCUGCGUGUCAUCUGCAAAUGACUGGCUCUCCACAGCAUGCCUCCCAAGCAAGAGGAGCAGUGGUCUGGUAUACAAUGUGAAUAGAACCGGGCCUAAAACGGACCCCUGUGGCACUCCGUACACCAAAUCAGCACUGCCUGAGAGACAGCCAUCUUCAGCGACCGCCUGCGUUCUAUCAGAGAGGUAGGACCUAAACCAAGCCAAAACUGAACCAGAAAUUCCAAACUAAUUUUCAAGGAUUAAAAAGGAUUACAUGGUCAACAGUGUCAAAGGUUGCACUGAGGUCUAAGAGGAUCAGGAUGGAGAUAUCACCACUGUCCAAUGCGAGCAAGAGUUCAUUGGUCACUCUCAAGAGAGCCGUCUCUGUGCUGUGGAAAUGUAUAUAGGCCGACUGAUUAGAACUGAGAAGAGAGUGGUCAAUUAAAUAAGCAAAUAGUUGUUUUAGAAAUAGUUUUUCAAUAAUUUUAGAUAAAAGUGAUAAGUUAGAUACAGGUCUAUAAUUUUUUAAAAUUAUUUUCAUCCAGACCAGGCUUCUUAUGCACUGGUUUGAUGACAGCUGAUUUACAAAGAGGGGGAACAGUUCCAGAAGACAAGCUUUCAUUGACUAUAUGGGUUAUCGUUGGGGAGCAAAUGAUCUAAUAACUCAACCAACAGGAGGGUGGGGGUGGGAUCCAAAUAACAUGACGUAGAUUUAGAUUUUGAAAUUAUACUUUUGACCUCAAGUUCUGAAACAAGUUUAAAAAUAUCCUGAUGCUUGACUAUCAAAUAAAGAAUUGGAUGGGAGUUGAGGAUGCUACAACAGAAUUCAAUUUUUUUUCUUAUUUCCACAGUUAAUCAGGAUCAUUAUGUAUCUAAUGGUUUAAGAUAUCGCUAUAUAUGUAAUAUAGCUGAAGUUACCACUUUGUAUGUAAUAUGGCUUAAGAUACCCCUAUGUAUGUUAUAUGGAUAAGUUAACACUAUGAGUGUAAUAAGGUUUAAGUUAUCACUAUGUGUGUAAUAUAGCUUAAGAUACCACUCUGUGUGUAACAUGGCUUAAGUUACCAACAUGUGUGUAAUAUGUCUGAAGAUACCACUAUGCAUAUAAUGGUCUAAGAUUUUUAAAAUUUAAUUAAAUCAUGUCAUUGAAGGUUUUCUUCUUUUGAUUUAUUCAGGAAAGUGAAAUCUCUGCUGCUGUUUUUACCAAACCACUCCAAUGCCCAACCACUUUAUUUCAUUUGAUUCAAAAUUGAAUGCAUGUGAAACCAAGAAAAAGGCCAACCACUGGACAUAUUAUAAGGUAUAGUCUUUUGGUGGAUUGAAAAGCGUUCAUAAUUAAGUGCAUAAUUUAGGUAGAAAGGACUUUCAAAUAGAAUUGUGCAUAAUUUAGGUAGAAAGGACUUUCAAAUAGAAUUAAGUGCAUAAUUUAGGUAGAAAUGACUUUCAAAUAGAAUUAAGUGCAUAAUUUAGGUAGAAAUGACUUCCAAAUGAGAAACAGAAAAUAAUCUAACUUUUUUUCAUUUUUUUUUAAUUUUAAUUUUUUUUUUUUUUUAAAUCCAUAAGUACAAAUAAGAAGAUUGAAAAAAAUGAUAUUAUCUCAAAGGACUUGCAGGAUGAUUAUAGCCUCUUGCCUAUACAUGAUAUCUCUUAUCUCAUCUCAUGUCCCUUAGUCCUUGGACCGUUUGGGCGCCACAGAUGACAUGUGAACUAUUCUCCUCCAUUCCUCUCUGUCUUCAGCACUACGCACUGCAUCGCCCAGUGUUAGUCCUGUACACUCUUUGAUGUUAUCCUCCUAUCUUUUUCUUUGUCUUCCUCUUAUUCUCCAUCCUCUUGUGGUGCCUUACAAUAUUUCUUUGGCAAGCCCUUGUUUCCUUGUUACGUCGCCGUACCAUUGUAGUUUGUGUUUUUUAACGGUCACCAGUAGGUCAUCGUACUCCCCAUUUGCCUGAUGAACCCUUUCUUUCACUGUAUCAUUGGAGAUAUGGUCCCUAUAGCAGAUGCCAAAAAUGCUUCUGAAGCAUCUCAUCUCCAUCGCCUUUAUUUUCCUUUCAAGAUCGGCUGUUAAUGUCCAGGAUUCGCAGGCAUACAGGAAAAUGGAGAGGACUAAUGAGCGCAUCAGCCUGAUUUUGGUGCUGGGGGCUAUAUUUGUGUCAUUCCAUAUUUUCUUGAACUUCUUUAGUGCUAUUGUAGUCUGCGCAAUCCUGGACAUCAGUUCGGACUUGGAGCCUUCUUCUGAGAUAUUUGCACCUAGGUAUUUGAAGUGGCCGACAGUCUCUAAUCUUUCCUCCCCCGACCUUAAUUUCAUUGGUGAUGCCUGCAAUAUUAUUUGUCAUCAGUUUUGUCUUUUCGGCACUGAUUAGCAUUCCGUAGGACGACGAGGUCCUAUCGAGACGUUUUACAAGGUUGGCUAGCUCUUCUUCGUUCCCAGCCAGUCCGUCUAUGUCGUCUGCAAAGCGUAGGUUGGUGAUUGUUCUGCCACCAAUGCUGACUGUCCCUUCAUGCGCUUCAAGAGCAUCUGACAUAAUUCUCUCUAGGAAGAUGUUGAAUAUGGUGGGGGAGAGCAGGCAGCCUUGUCGAACUCCAACCGUGGUCUUGAACCAUUCUCCGAUGUUGUUGUUGAGAAAGACUGCACUGGUUGUCUUAUCAUAGAGGUUGCAUAUCAUGCUGGUUAGGUUUGUGUUGGUGUCGUAGUGCCUCAUGGUGGCCCAUAAAGCAGCAUGCCAAACCCUGUCAAAUGCUUUUUGAAGUCAACAAAGACGUGGUAUAGGUUUUGUUGGUGUUGAGCAUAUUUCUCACAUAGUAUUCGGAGGUUCAGAAUCUGCUCAGUAGUGCCCCGUCCUUGUCUGAAGCCCGCCUGUUCUUCAGCAAUGAUUCUGUCGGCAUAUGGUUUUAGUCGGUUCAUGAUAUAUCGGUAAUCAAUUUUUUAAAAUUAUUUUAAAUUCUGAAUUGCUCUCCUACAUGUUUAUUAUUAAUUUUGAAAUUUCAUUUUUUAGUGUUCUUGAAAGAGAAGCGAAUAUGACAACUUCACAGCUCAAUCCAUUCAAUCCAUCGGAUUCAUCUUCCUCGGAUACAUCUAGUUUUUCACUUGUUCCAGGACUACAUCGACCGUUUCAGGUCAUGAACCCGUCAGAUACUUAUGCCGAAAGUUCUGAUGACACAUGUGCUUAUCAUCAGUCCGUCGACUCAUUAAGCACAAUUUACAAUGAAGUGGAUGUUGAGGAAGACAACAAAAACAUGUUUAGUGAUAUUUACAUUGAGCCUGUAGACUAUUUUCUGUUAGAAAGGCGAGUUUCUUCCCAAGCCUUGCCCAAGAUCCUGGAUGAAACAUUGUAUAGUCUAGGAAAAGACAUGUCGCAUUCGAUUAAUCCUGAAAUGUCACUUUCGAUUUAUCCUGAAAUGUCACAUUCGAUUACUCCUGAAAUGUCACAUUCGAUAACUCCUAAAGUCUCACAUUCGAUUACUCCUGAAGUCUCACAUGCGAUUACUCCUGAAGUCUCACAUUCGAUUACUUCUGAAGUCAAGUCAGGAGAAUCUGAACACAAAUUAAAUACUCCAAAUUAUUACCUGGAUCCAAAAGGCCGGCCGUCUGAGAUCUCAAUGUUUCCCAGCCACUAUAUGAAACACAGACCACUGCCCGCCAUUCCAAAACAUACAAAACAAAGUCUUACAGCAAAAGUUCCAGUUCAAAACAUCUUCUCAUCCCCUAAGCCUGAUCUUGUUGUUGCUGGCUAUGACGACGAGGAGACAUUCAUCAAAGCUCCCUUUUCACAAAACAAAGGGAACACGAUACAAGAGAAGGUGAACACGACACAAAACAUUGGUGCCUAUGGAAAGGAAGCCUAUAUUCCUUUGGCCUUGUUUGUAACUCCUGUAGAUAAUGCAAUACCACAUAAGCUAAUCCCUUAUCAAAGGAAAGGCUAUACUGAUCUAAACCCAAUCACCAUGUCUCAUAAUACGGCUCCACAAUAUUUGUAUAAACAUUUUCGUGUCAGUUCAGUGCCUGCCCUGUCAUUGCCAUAUUUGUCAAAUCAAGAUAUCAGCAACAUAAAUGUAAAUACCUUUUUGUUACCUGAACUUUGUCCAAAACAUCCAAAUGACAGAGCUCCAAUUCAACAGUCAGCAGAGUUUUGUGGUACCUCCAGAAAUACACAAGAGCCACUUGAAGCUUCUCGGUAUUUAUCAGAGGCAGAAUUAGCAGUGCUUUCAGGAUGUGUUGCAGUGAAUGAUGUGGUUUAUGUCUAGACUCAUUUUACAUUUCUUCUCAUCCAAAGCUCCCAUUUAAUUAUAAAAUUGUCAAUAUUAGAAAUCCUUUUUUUAUUUUGUCACAUUUAUUUUAAGUGUAAAUGGUUGAUGGUUUCAUUGAUAAUUAUUAGCAAUAUAUCUACCAUAGAUACCAUCUAUCAUAUAUCUGCCAUAUAUACAAUAUGCCAUAGAUACCAUCUGUAAUAGAUACCAUCUGUAAUAGAUACCAUCUGCCAUAGAUAACAUCUACCAGUUGGCUGUUUCUCUGGCCCUUUUUAUUUGACCUGUUUUAGAUAAUUUUGCCAUCUGCCUCGCAUUUCUGCACUUCUAUUUCACCUAACCCUAACCCUAACCUCGCAUUUCUGCAUUUCUUUUUCACCCUAACCCUAACCCUAACCUCGCAUUUCUGCACUUCUUUUUCACCCUAACCCUAACCCUAACCUCGCAUUUCUGCACUUCUUUUUCAUCUCAACCCGUGUUUUAUCUGUUAAAAAUUAAAAUCAAAAUAUCUUAAAAAAUAUGUAAGCAUUUAUUUUCAG